AUGACGUCGUUGUACGAUCUGAAUCCUGGUGAAAUUCCUCACAAGGAAUUAAACCGGCUCGCAUUUCGAUGUUAUACAAAAGAAGAGAUCGAGAAGCUGAGUGUGAUCCAAGUUACUCAAACUAAAACUUUCGAUAAUGUAAGGCUUAUUGUUUUGAAGAAGAAGUUGUUUAGGCCGGGUUCCCAGUUCGAAAUGGUCUUUAUGAUCCCUUAUUUGGCCCGACCGAAAUGAUUGACAACUGUGAGACAUGCGGAUUGAGAGCUCAAUAUUGUCCAGGGCAUUUCGGACACAUGAAGUUGAAUAUGCCUGUGUUUAAUCCGAUGUUAUUCCCUAUCACAUUCGAAAUUAUGAAAGGUGCUUGUGUCCAUUGUCACCGGUUCUUUCUCAGCAAAGACAAAAAGCCGGAUAGUGAAGUCAGAGAUGAAGAAGAAACUGUUGCGGUAAGAUAGCCUUAUUUUUUUAUUCUUCUUUAGAUGAAAGCCCGAGCGUCUUGUCCCCAUUGCAAAUACCGCGCUCCCACGAUCAGAAACGACUUUAUGACUACCAUGUUACUUGACUUUGCUGCUGCCAAAGCCAAGGGUCUGAAAAAUGUCAAGACCAAAGUAAGAGCAACGAGUGACGACGAUGAUGACAGUUUCGAAAAAUCUACGAUUGACACUUCAUUGGACGAUUCGAAGAAUGUUUUCACUCAGAGCACGUUGAAUAUUACAAACACCAAAGAUACCCUUGAACUUCAGCUAAAACAAGUAAGGACGGGGAAGGUGGAUAAACUGGCAUGGAGAGCGUUGGAGGUCAGAGAUCACUUCAGACUCCUAUGGAAAAAUGAAAAUGUGGUGAUAAAAAAGUUGUACCCGUUUUUUGGGUACAUCGAGGAGAAUAAACCGUCCAAGAACUGUCCGAUGGAUGUUCUCUUUAUGGAAACGAUUCUGAUUCCGCCCACGAAGUUCCGACCCGUCAGAUUCUUUGCUGGCGCUAAAUAUGAGAGUUCUGCUACUGUGAUAUUCAGAAAGAUUCUGGAGGCGGAUCAAUUGCUGAGCAUGGUGAAGAUCUCAAUAAAAUCCAACAAAGAGUUUAUGAAUGUGAAGGUAAGUUGGCCAUUUAGUUUUUUACGUUGUCAUUUAGGAACUGCUUGAAGCGCGGGUGCAAGGAAAAACGUUGAAUGAAAAAUUAUACAAUGCAUAUGUGACAUUGCAACAGGCAACCAACAAUCUCUAUGAUAGAGAUUCGAAUCCGUUAGGGAAAGGGAAUGGGGAGAAAGGACUGAAACAGAUUGUAGAAAAGAAAGAGGUAUGUCGGUAACCCUAUACGUUGUUUUGGUAAUACUGAAGAUUUAUUUACAUUUUUAAGGGUUUAUUCCGAAUGAAUAUGAUGGGAAAGCGAGUGAAUUAUGCCUGCCGAUCUGUCAUUACUCCGGACCCUUAUCUGGAUGUUGACGAAAUUGGAAUUCCGGAGAUUUUUGCAAAAAAAUUGUCAUUUCCGGAGCCAUUCUGUUACUUCAACGCAUCAAAACUCAGGAAACAAGUUGAAAAUGGACCAGACACUUACCCUGGGGCAAAUUUUGUACAGAAAUUGGGUAAAGCCAAAGAGAUAUUGGCGAAAGAAGUGGAGCGGGCUGGGUAUGCUCGGAAUCUGAAGGCUGGGGAUCGCCAAGGAACUCAGAACUCCUCUUUGGCAAGUAUACUAUAAACGAACCGAAACAGUUAUCUUUAGGUAUAUAGGCAUUUGGAGAAGGGCGACAUGAUGUUGAUGAAUCGCCAACCAACAUUGCACAGGCCCUCAAUUAUGGGACACAAGGCAAGGAUCUUGACCGGGCAGAAAGCGCUCAGAAUGAACUACGCCCCUUGCAAAGCUUAUAAUGCUGAUUUUGAUGGUGACGAGAUGAACGGACAUUUUGUACAGAGCAAACUAGGACAGACUGAAGCCGCGGAAUUGGUGUCUGUCGGAAGAAACUUCCUGGUCCCCAAGGACGGAACUCCCAUUUUGGGAUUGAUUCAAGAUCACGUCGUUUCUGGUGUCAUGAUGACUUUAAGAGGUCGAUUCUUCAGCAAAAGUGACUUUAUGCAUUUGGUUUUGGCAGCAUUUGGGCUUCCAAAUAAAAGAAUUAAACUUCCACCACCAGCAAUGCUGAAACCUAAAACGAUGUGGGCCGGGAAACAGGUGAGAAUUUCUUCGUUUUCCCUGUGAUGUUGGACUUUUAGGUUGUUUCGGCUGUAAUCUUGAAUUGUGUUCCUGAAAAUUACCCUCUCAUCAAUCUCUCUGGUAAAGCCAAGACUCCGUUGGCUUGCUGGAAGGUGAAAGGAUAUGACUCUCCAAUUUUUUCGAUGUCGGAAUCGGAAGUCAUCUUUCGACGAGGAGAACUUUUGUCUGGUGUUCUUGAUAAGUCGCAUUAUGGAGCUACUCAAUUUGGCCUUAUCCACUGUUGUUUCGAGUUAUAUGGACCCAAGAUCGCUGUAACGAUUCUGAGUUGUUUCUCCCGGUUGUUUACCAGAUAUCUACAAGUAAGGGAACUCGUUUUGAGGAUAAGUCUUUUUUCAGUGGCACGGAUUUACACUUGGAGUAGCUGAUAUUUUGGUUACCGACGAAGCGAAUGAAAAGAGAACGGCCGCCAUAAAGCAGAUCAGAAAAAGUGGCCCUGGGGCCGCGAGAAAGACCUUCGGACUGGAUGAUAAUGCUAGCUCUCUACGACUGAAACAUGCCAUGGCUUCUGCUUAUAAUAAUCCUCGCAAAGAUAUCUCUGAAGUCAAAAUGCUGGAUUUUAAUGUGAAACAAACUGUGGGAAAAUUAACGGAUCAAAUCAACGAGUAAGAGGAAAAUUAUUUUGAUAUUAUUGUUUCAGUGCUUGUGUGCCUGGAGGUCUUAUCAGAAGCUUUCCGGACAAUGCUCUUCAGAUGAUGAUCCAGUCCGGUGCUAAAGGAAGCAUGGUGAAUUCGAUUCAGAUUAGUUGUGCCCUCGGGCAGAUUGAAUUGGAAGGUCAGAGACCUCCAUUGUCGGCUGUUGGUCGGACUUUGCCCUCAUUCAAAUGCUUUGAUCCUUCUCCUCGGGCCGGUGGCUUUGUCGACCAGAGGUUCUUGACUGGAAUUAAUCCGCAGGAACUCUUCUUCCACACCAUGGCUGGUCGAGAAGGCCUGAUUGAUACUGCUGUCAAAACUUCGAGAUCCGGAUAUUUGCAGCGAUGUAUCAUCAAACACCUUGAGGGUAUCACCGUUGGAUAUGAUUACACUGUUCGAGACCAUGACAAUAAGGUCGUUCAGGUAGGUAAAUCUUGUCGAAAAUAUGUAUUUUAGUUCCGAUAUGGGGAAGAUGGGAUGGAUGUGGGAAAGUCCAGUUAUCUAAAUCCCAAGCAGUUCCCAUUUUUGAAACAGAAUUCUGACUGUUUGGAUGUUGUUGUGAGGCCCAAAGGAAUCCGUGAUGUCGACUUCAAUGUGAAUAAAACGAAGAAGCAUUUCAAAAAGAUUUGUCGGUGGAAGAAGAAAAAUGCCGGUGGGCCAAAGAAACGAUACGUCUCCGGAUUUACAAUCUUUUCUACGGAACAUGUAGGCCAGCAUAGGGAUGAGCUGGUUUAUAAGUGGAGUAAUUUGAGUGUGGAGGAGAAAGCCGCCUAUGAAGAAGCUGCUGGAAAGAAGUGCCCUUCCACUAUGGAUGAUGUCUGUCUAGAUUUUCUAAUUGAAACUUAUAUUUAGGCCUUCACUGUAUCACAAAAUCUUGGUGCUCUGCCAGAAAAAAUUCUGGAGAGUAUUUCUAAUUUUGCUGGGAACGAAGACGACUUCAAAGGCAGCCUGUUUUGGAAAGGAAUUCAUUCGAUGGCUGAUCCCGGGGAAAACGUCGGUCUUUUGGCUGCUCAAUCAAUUGGAGAACCGUCAACUCAGAUGACAUUGAACACCUUCCACUUUGCUGGAAGAGGAGAAAUGAACGUCACCCUGGGAAUCCCUCGUCUUAGAGAAAUUCUUAUGACUUCUGGGGCUAAUAUCGCCACUCCCAUGGUGGAGAUUGCGAUCAAAGAAUGCGCAACACCAGAACAAAUUGCAGAAAUCAAGAGAACGUUUACUCCCAUUACGUUGAAGGAAGUGCUCAGAAGAUUCAGCAUUGAAGAAAGAUUGGUCUUGAAGAAGGGGUAAGUCUAACCGCCAUCUUUAAAAGGGAAGUAAUUCUGUGGGGUAUGGAGUCACGGGCCGAGAGAUAUAUCAAAAAAUCGCAACAUUCUCCUGAUCAGAGUAUGGAAAAAUUGGCUGUCCAACCACUCGGCCACAAUUCCUUUGGAGAGCGCUUUUGAUGGCGCUGAUUUUUAUUGAUAAAAUUUGUUGAUAGACAAUAUUCUGAAGCGGAAAAAUUUUGCGGGUUUUUUUUUUUGGUAUAUGCCGACCUGUAACUCCAUACCCCAUAGAAGUACUCUUGAUAAUAUAUUGGCAUGUUAUAGUUCUUCUGCAAGACAAUAUUCGGUCACGUUUGAGUUGAAGAGAAACAAAGAUCGCGAGGAGCAUGCUCGUCAUCUGAGCCGUCAGUUUAUCAUCCAAUCCAUCGAAAAGACAAUUUCAAAGAUGGUUGGAGAUCAGUUGGCCAGGAAUUACAGGGAUAUUUUGGAAAUGGAGGUGAUGCAGCAUCAUAAAAUGAAAGUGACCAAUCAAAAAAUUAUGGCCCAGAAAGAAGACGACUUUGAAGAUAUUGUAACAAAAAAAGAGCCCAGAUAUAGGAAGAGUGAUGAGGAUUCUAGUGACGAAGAAGCGGAGGGAGGGAAAGAAGCCGAUGCCUCUGAAGCCAGGUUGAAUCAACGCCAUCAUGAUGACGGCGCCGAGUAUGAAGGAGAAGAGGAAGAGCAACAAAUUGAUCCUAUUCCGGACGAUGCUUUAGAAGACAGUGAAGGAGAGGAGCUCGAGAAUGAAGGAUUUGAAGAUGCUCUUCGUAUUAAGAACGUUGUUGAGUCUCAUCAACAGAUCACUGAAUACCGCUACGAUACAAAGUCUCAUAGAUGGUGUACUGUAGUUUAUGAGCUACCGUUGAGAACAAAAACCAAGCUGAACGUGGCUGGAAUGGUGGAGAGAGUUGUAGAGAAAGCCAUGGUUUGGAAGACUCAUAACAUCGAUAAAUGCAUUAUCCGGGAAGAUCAGAGAAACGGAAAAGAUGUUGAGAUUCUCCAAACCCAGAAGAUUAAUAUUGAGGUGGGUUUGUUUAGUUAAGUGAGGAUGGUUACCUCUUGAUUGGAACUCUGGAAAGUGCCAAAUCUCCAUUAUUCUAUUGGAUUUGGUCACUCAGGGCUCCAGUCAGAAGAUUAUCAUCUAAGUAUAGGGGAAUGAAACCUCACAGCAAGGCCACCAAUGUCAUGAAUGAAGCAUAAGGUUAGGAAUCGGAAUAUCAUCCCGCUUUUUCUGUACUAUACAAGAAAAACUGAUUUUACCCCGGGGUUUCGAUAUUACGACCGCUUUAGGUAACUGUCAGCACUUUUGUUAGCGAUUUACCCGGGGCAAAGUCGGCUAAUGGACCGAAGCUGAGGGAAUACAUAAAAAAAAUUCAAAUUCAUACGGACUCUAAGGAGUAAUUUGCAGUAGUAAAGUUUGGCUAUACUAUAGAGGGACUAAACUUCCAUUUGGAGAUCGUCCUGGAAAUGGGCUCGUUCUUAAAAUCAGCCUGGCCUCAGGGCCGGCGGAAGGGGAGGGAAUCACAGCGAGUCAGGAUUAAAUCCUCAUGAAGCACUUAAUACCGGCCGGUCUUUCUGUCCCCAGCCAUUGCCCGAAUUAUUUGAGGAAUUAGGGAUUUGACUCUCCCUCCGCUCACCUGCCGGCCCGGCUUAUUAUACACGAAAUCUCUUCCGCUGAUUACUUUUACAGAGAUUAACUCUGUCAUAGUAACCGCUACAUAUUAGUUUUAAUGCCCGUAAACUCCAUCCAUCAAUAAUUACAUCCUUUUCAGGCUCUGUACAAGUUUUCCGACAUCCUCGAUGUCAACACCCUCUACAGUAACGACAUCAACAUGAUGCUCAAAUAUUACGGUAUUGAAGCGUGUGCCCGAGUCAUCUUCAAGGUUGGUUUUGAUAUCCACUCUUAGUUCUGAUUAUAGGAAAUGAAUAAUGUGUUUGGUGUGUAUGGAAUCGAAGUGAAUCCGAGGCAUUUGACUCUUGUUGCUGACCAUAUGACCAAUCUGGGUUCAGUCCAACCUUUCAGUCGAGGCGCCAUGAGCAAUAACACCUCACCUCUGCAGAAGAUGACUUACGAAACUACUCUUAAGUUUAUGAGGGAUACGAUUGUGAAAGGUAAGGGAUUAAGGAAAUUGGAUUAUCGGGGUUAGGUGUUUUAUUUUGGAGGGGAACAUUAGAUAUUACCGUCGAAUUGAGAGGAGAGUUCUCUUAAUUUGAGGUUGAUGAGAAGAGAGAAUAGGAAGUUCGGGUUUGUUUUUGGGCUUGAUCUUUUUAAUAAUUCAAAAUAGGGAGCAGAAUCCGCAGCUACACCAGCAUCUCCUUCCUUGAAACUGAUAUAUGUCGUCGGUGCUAGUUUGAGACGCUGCCGACUAUUCUUUACUCGAUCUUGUGACGUCAUGGGAACAAAGUCUCCACUCUUGCAUUUUAUAUUGCGCAUUCUUCUUUUUUAUUUCUUUUUCUUCACCAAUUUUUUUGAUCAUUGAUAGUCACUUCACCUUUUUGUCUCGCUUUAUACACCAAGGUCAAAACUGAAUGAAUUUCAGGUGAUGUCGAUGAACUGGCUAGCCCUUCCGCCCGCUUAGUUACCGGCCAGACAAUCAGAGGAGGAACCGGAAACUUUGAUAUCCUUAUGAAUGACCUCUAUAUGGUCAGUCCGCAAACGGCCAAAAGGAGAUACGAAGAAGCUAUGGAUGUUUAA